AUUCUCUCUGUCGGUUAUCGGGAGUGACGAAUUUUGUUCGAAUAAAACAGCACAAAAUGUCCUUGGAAGAGCUAAAACUGGCCGACGAACUGUUCGACGAUGCCAAGUACCAGGAUACGUUCGAUCUGUUGGAUAAGCUUAGCGAGAAAGGCGUAGUGGAAGUGCAGUGGCGUUUGGCGCGAGCGGUGUUCUUCAUUUCGAAGCAAACCAACAACAACGACGAGAAGGCCAAGUACGUCCGGGAAGCGUUUGGCUAUGCCGAACGGGCCUUGGAGUUGGAUGGGAAAAAUUUCUUCUCCAACAAAUGGUACGGAGCCAUCCUGUCGGAGAAAAGCAACCUGGAUGGAGUGUCCGAACGUAUCAAGCAGCUGGAGCAUGUGAAGAAACAUUUCACCGCCGCCAAGGAUUGCAAUCCGACGGAUCCGGGAAUCUGGCACAUGCUUGGACAGUUCAACUUCAAACUGUCAGAAGUCAAUUGGGUGACACGAAAGCUGAUCAACUCGGUAGCAUCGAACCCGCCAACGGCUUCCUUCGAAGAGGCUCUGGAGUGUUUCGAAAAGGCUGAAGGACUGAAGCCGGGCUUCUACAGCCAGAAUCAGUUGUAUCUCGGCAAGACUUAUCUGGCACUGAAGCAGAAUGCUAAGGCCCGCGAGUGGCUGCAGAAAGCUUCGGAGGUCGAAGUUCGAAGCGAAGACGAUCGUGUGUGUCGUGAGGAGGCUAGCGAGGCGUUGAAGAAACUAUAAUUUCAGUUAAUUUAUUAUUACCGUACGAUAAUUUAUGGGUAUGGACUUUUGUUUUUGUGAUGCAGCAGCGCGUGUUUUGAAGUGCGGUGAUAGGUACAAGUCAUUACAGUAGGUAGCAGAGUACGCGAGCGAGAGUUUACUUAUGAUCUGCAAGCGCAGUUGUGACUGUAAUUUUCCGUUUAAUUCUAAGUGUGAAUGCAAACAAAACCGGAUUUCAGUUGAGCGGAGCUUAGCGAGAUGAACCUUUGCCUCCGGUAGUACUAGCUGUUCUGUUGUAGCUAGAUCGUUGCCAUAAGUGAUAAAUAUAC